AUGUCAAAUUCUUAUGGUGCCCCACCUCAACCAACCUCAUUAUCACCAAAUUCUCAAUUACCAUCCCCCACUUCAACCACCAAUUCCGAUGAUUCAAAGGAUUCAGAUCAACUGCAAUUCGAUAAAAAUAAUAACUAUGGUACUAAAACUCCAUCAGGAAAUCCUCGAAUUUAUAAUUGUCAACAAUGUAAUCGAGCAUUCACUAGAGAAGAACAUUUAACAAGACAUACUUUAAGUACUCAUAAUAAAUUAAAACCUUUUACUUGUGGGAUUUGUUCAAGACCUUUUUCAAGACGAGAUCUUUUAUUAAGACAUGCUAAAAAUUUACAUCAAGGUAGUGAAUUGGCCGUUAGUAGAAUAAGAAAACUGUUUAAACGUAAUGAUAUUAAUCAAUAUCAACAUCCCGAUGGUACUAUCAUUGAUGGUGUUGAUCUUAAUGAUAAUGAUGAUGAUCUUGAUAAUGAAUCUUCCUUAAGUUCAAAUAGUUCAGUUAAUAAUAGUCCAACUUUAAAAACUACCACCGCAAAUACAUCAAAUUUAAGAAGAAGUAUAGAUAAUUCAGAUUUAUCUUCAACUCUUACUGCUACAUUAAUAUCACCUGUAAACUCAGGAAUAUCAAGAAAUAAUGGUAAUAACAAUAAUGAUCAAACCAUUUCAAACUAUAGUGCUUCAUCUUCAUCAACCAUAACCAAUAACACUACUCCUGUCAAUUCAUCAAAUUCUUCAUCACCAAAUAAUACAACAUCAUCUUCAAAUAAAAAAUCGAAAAAGAACUAUGAAUCUCCAGAAAAGAAAAGAUUGAAAAUAUCAGUCAACAUGUUGGUUAGUUAG